CUACUGAUAGUAUUAUGAAAAUCGUCAGAUUUGAAAAAACAACUGGAUGCAAACGCCCCCGCUCCAGCUUCUCAUAAAGCCCAUCAGCUGGGCUACGGACGCCUCAGUCUGAAGCGUCGCGACGUCCAAACCAAACGUACAACCAUGUCCAAACGUAACAAGGAACUGGAAAGCGAAGUCCUGAACUGGAUUUUCGCCGUUUUGGGCGAACCGGUGCCAAAGGGCGAGUUCGAGGACAUCUUAAAGGAUGGCGUGGUUCUGUGCAACCUGGCCAACAAAUUGUCACCGGGAUCUGUAAAGAAGAUCCAGACCAAGGGCACCAAUUUCCAGCUUAUGGAGAACAUUCAGAGGUUCCAGGCCGCCGCCAAAGCCUACGGCUUGCCUCAAGAAGAAAUCUUCCAGACUGCCGAUUUAUUCGAAAGAAGGAACAUUCCACAGGUGGCUUUGUCCUUGUAUGCGUUGGGCCGCAUUACACAAAAACAUCCGGAGUACAACGGACCCAGUCUAGGACCAAAGAUGGCUGACGAAAACAAGAGGACCUUCACUGAGGAGCAGUUGAGGGCUCAUGAAGGUGAAUUGAACCUCCAAAUGGGUUACAACAAGGGCGCAUCUCAAUCCGGACAUGGUGGUUUCGGAAAUACCCGUCAUAUGUAAUUUUCAGUCAUGUGCAAUAUUUAUUUUUAUAAAUUGUAGAGUAAGCGAAAUAAUUUUUUUUUGUAUAUAUUAGUGUCCAAUGUUGAUGAAUAAAUUGUUAUAUUUAGAUGGAACAGCUGUUUACCAAAAUACCGUCAACUGUUAACACUUUGAUGUAUUAAUAGAACUUUUUCCAUUUCAUUUUGUUUUUAUAUUGAGCUAACAACACAUUAAUGUUUAAAUAUACUGGCAAUAUUGUUA